AUGGCCAGCGGGCAGCAGCCGCCGGCAGCCGCGGUCCUCGGCCAGGCCCAGGCCUCAGCCCCCAGCAGCAGCAGGCUACAGACGCUAGAAUGGAAACAUACUAUGAUUAUGCACGCCAUAGGUGACUCCGGCGGCCACCAGCGCCUUAAGGAGCUUCAGCUUGUCGAGUCAAUGAAGCGGGACGCAUCAAUCACUGGGAUACUUGCAAAGGGUGCCAUGGGAUCCUCAAGACUUCGCCCAUCCAGAUCUUCACCAGGACCUGAAACUUCUCCACGGCGUCCUUCACAUCAUCUGGAUUGUCAGGCAUGGCCACCUUUCCUGCCUGAUUCAUAG